GUUUUCCUUCACUCUCGUUCACGCUACUCUCGGUGUUUGUAGCUUCCAGUGGCGAGAAUUUUUCUCUUCUUCUCUCCUUUUUCUUCUCUUUUUCUGGAUCUGUCAUUAUUUUCUUGCUUUCCAAACAGAAAAUAAAUAAAUAAAGUAAGUAAUGGUUUACAGUGUGUCUGAUUUACGAUUACCUUGUUCGCCUUCAGUUUACAGUUUCAGCCAGUCUAGUUUCAAUGCCUCUCGUAGAAGUAGCAGUUUCUCUUUAUUGUUGAAGAAGGAUCUCUUUUCUCGGAAGAUCUUUGCGCAAAAAUCUUCUUAUGAUUCGGACUCGUCGCCCUUAACUGUUGCAUCCAAGAAAGUGCUUGUUCCUGAUGAUCAGGGUGAGGGUGCUUCAUCCUUGACAGAUGAAUUGGAAAGCCCUAGCACUAUUUCAGAUGAUCCACAGGUAAUUCAUGAUGUAGAAAGUGAAGAGAUGGAAGAUGAUACGAAAAUUGAGGUCGAAGAACAAGAAUCUGCUCCUAAGGAGCUGUCUACCCCUUUAAAGAGGAAAAUAAGUACCGAGAAAAGUGAGGCAAAACCAAGAACCAUUCCUCCUCCUGGUAUAGGACAGAAAAUAUAUGAAAUAGAUCCAUCACUGUUGGAUUUCCGUCAACAUCUUGAUUACCGGUAUGCACAAUACAAGAGAAUGCGUGAGGAAAUUGACAAGUAUGAAGGUGGUUUAGAAGUGUUUUCUCGCGGCUAUGAGAAGCUUGGCUUCAUAGGCAGUGAGAUGGGAAUAACUUACAGGGAGUGGGCACCAGGAGCUAAGUCAGCAGCACUGAUAGGAGAUUUUAACAAUUGGAACCCUAAUGCUGAUAUUAUGAACCGGAAUGAAUUUGGUGUCUGGGAGAUCUUUUUGCCUAAUAAUGCUGAUGGUUCACCAGCAAUUCCCCAUGGUUCUCGAGUGAAGAUUCGUAUGGAAACUCCAUCUGGGAUUAAGGACUCCAUUCCUGCUUGGAUCAAGUUCUCAGUUCAAGCACCGGGUGAAAUCCCAUACAAUGGAAUAUACUAUGAUCCGCCAGAAGAGGAAAAGUAUGUAUUCAAACACCCCCGGCCACAAAGACCAAAAUCACUUAGAAUUUAUGAGUCACAUGUUGGAAUGAGUAGCCCGGAGCCAAUGAUUAACACAUACGCCAACUUUAGAGAUGAUGUUCUUCCCCGUAUUAAAAGACUUGGCUACAAUGCUGUUCAGAUCAUGGCUAUUCAAGAGCACUCAUAUUAUGCUAGCUUCGGGUACCAUGUGACAAACUUCUUUGCACCUAGCAGCCGCUUUGGAACCCCUGAUGACCUCAAGUCACUGAUAGAUAAGGCUCAUGAGUUGGGUAUACUUGUUCUUAUGGAUAUUGUGCACAGCCAUGCUUCCAAUAAUGUGUUAGAUGGGCUGAACAUGUUUGAUGGAACUGAUGGUCAUUACUUCCACACGGGGUCAAGGGGUCACCACUCGGUGUGGGAUUCUCGCCUUUUUAAUUACGGAAGCUGGGAAGUACUAAGGUAUCUUCUUUCAAAUGCAAGAUGGUGGCUGGAGGAAUAUAAGUUUGAUGGGUACAGAUUUGAUGGUGUGACUUCAAUGAUGUACAUCCAUCAUGGGUUGCAGGUAGGAUUUACUGGAAAUUACAAUGAGUACUUUGGAUAUGCGACUGAUGUAGAUGCUGUUGUUUAUCUGAUGCUGGUUAAUGAUAUGAUUCACGGGCUCUAUCCUGAGGCUGUCACCAUUGGUGAAGAUGUGAGUGGAAUGCCUACAUUCUGCAUUCCUGUCCAAGAUGGUGGUGUGGGAUUUGAUUACCGUCUUCACAUGGCCAUUGCUGAUAAAUGGAUUGAGAUUCUUAAAAAGAGAGACGAAGACUGGAAAAUGGGCGAAAUUGUUCACACGCUAACCAACAGGAGGUGGAUGGAAAAGUGUGUUGCUUAUGCUGAAAGCCAUGACCAAGCUCUAGUUGGCGACAAAACAAUAGCAUUCUGGUUGAUGGAUAAGGAUAUGUAUGAGUUUAUGGCUCUAGAUAGACCAAGUACUGCACUUAUAGAUCGUGGCAUUGCAUUACACAAAAUGAUUAGGCUCGUUACAAUGGGACUAGGUGGAGAAGGAUACUUGAAUUUCAUGGGAAAUGAAUUUGGACAUCCCGAGUGGAUUGAUUUCCCAAGAGGUGACCAGCGUCUUCCUAAUGGCGUAGUAAUUCCUGGGAAUGGUUACAGUUAUGAUAAAUGUCGACGUAGAUUUGAUCUUGGAGAUGCCGACUAUCUCAGGUAUCGUGGGAUGCAAGAAUUUGAUCAGGCUAUGCAGCAUGUUGAAGAGAAAUAUGGCUUCAUGACUUCCGAGCACACAUAUAUAUCGCGGAAGGAUGAAAAAGAUAGGGUGAUUGUCUUUGAAAGGGGCAACCUGGUUUUCGUAUUCAACUUCCACUGGAAUAACAGCUAUUUUGACUACCGUGUGGGGUGUGCAAAACCAGGAAAGUACAAGAUUGUUUUGGAUUCAGAUGAUCCAUUAUUCGGAGGCUUCGGUCGGCUUGACCAUAAUGCCGAAUACUUCAGUUUUGAAGGAUGGUUUGAUGACCGGCCUCGGUCAUUCAUGGUGUAUGCCCCAAACAGAACAGCAGUUGUUUACGCCCUAGUUGAAGAUGAACCAAAAGUAGUCAACGAUUUGGAACUUGUUGAAAUUCCUGAAACUGUUAAACCAGCAGCAGCAGAACCUGUUAAAGAAUCUGAACCUGAUGAAGAAUCAGAGCCUUUAGACAGCUAAACCUUUCUCGAUAGCAGAAUCUCGUGUUAUUGACCAUUCAAAGUCGUGUCAAGGAGCUGUCCCACUGAACACGGUAUUUUUUGCUUAAAAAUUACGUAUUCCAUGAUCAGUAGUUUCACUGCCUAGGAGAUGAAAUGAUCACAGAUAAAACUUCCGUCAAAUGCCGGCCGGGCAUACAGGCGAAAAUUCGAAGCAGUAGAAGGCAAUUCUUUCAUGAGCAUUACAAAGGAAAAAGUGGACAACUAUGUGGCAUGCAUGUAAAUGCUUUCCGUGUUGUAUGUGAAAAUAUAAGUUGCAGAUACGGGGAACAUGCUAUUUACAGCAAUGUGAGGUAAUGGAUUCCUUUUUAAGCUAUUAAUGUAAUGACCGAAUAAUUUAAUAAGAACAGUAUUUCUGUAUUUGUUCUUUCCAUCUUUACAUUGUAAUCGUUACGGUGUAAUUUGGUUGGAUGUUUGCUAGAAAGAAAAAUGUGUAAUGUCAAAAAUAACCCUUAAUGUUUGGCUGUUUGGUCA